AAGCUUAGUCAUAUUUAUAUUUGACAUUUGACAUGUCAUAACAUAAGUAUUAAAUAUUUUGGAUUGUUUUAAAUAAAAAAAAUAAUUAAAUUUCAAGAAAUGGAUAUCUUGAAAGCUGAAAUAGCCCGCAAACGAAAAUUAUUAGAAGAAAAAGAACUUUUGGGAAAUGAUAAAAAAUAUUUCAAAAGAGGAGAACUUAUUGCAAAAGAACAAGAAGAAUAUCGUAAAAAGUACUAUAUCCAAAACGAAGCGGAUGAAAGCUCCUCUACAGUGGUGGAAGGUCAAAAUAUUGAAUCAGAUGUUCAACACAGCAUUCUACCUAGAUCUGAAGUAAUAAUAAGGUUAAGAGAUAGAAGUGAACCAAUUUUACUUUUUGGUGAAUCCGAGUUGGAUGCAUUUAAAAGGCUAAGAAAAUGUGAGUUACUCGAACCUGAAGUAAACAAAGGUUUUCGUAAUGAUUUUCAAGAGGCAAUGGAACAAGUUGAUCAGGCAUAUCUUAAUGAAUUGUUUAAAGAAACAGAGGGUACCAAAAGUGUUGAAAAAGUGGAUAAAUCUCAAAAACAACUUACUGUUGAUUAUGAAGAAAUCAGAGAGAUGGCCAAAAGUAUGGGACGAGGAAAUAGAGAGCAUGAUAUGACUGUGAUUGUACAUUUUAUACAGUUGAUGUUGAAGAAAUGGGCGGAACAACUGCAAAAUAGAUCCAAGGAAGAAAAGGGAGGUACAAAAGGUAAACUCAAAGGAGCCACCUAUGCACAGACACAAGAAUAUCUUAAACCUCUCUUGAGGAAAUUGAAAAAUUUCACCUUACCAGAAGAUAUAUCUGACAGUCUAACAGAAAUUGUUGUUCAUUUACUGGAACGAAAUUAUUUGAAGGCAAGCGUAGCAUUUUUGCAAAUGGCCAUAGGUAACGCCCCUUGGCCAAUAGGUGUUACCAUGGUGGGUAUCCACGCACGUACUGGAAGAGAAAAAAUUUUCUCAAAAAACGUCGCACAUGUGAUGAACGAUGAAACCCAAAGAAAAUACAUCCAGGGUUUGAAGCGGCUAAUGACUAAAUGUCAAGAAAUCUAUCCAACUGAUCCUUCUAGAUGUGUUGAAUAUCAAGCUUUUGGUAAACCUGAAGAUGUCACUCAUGAAUAAAAUGUGUUACGAACAUUUCCCAUUAUAUACGUUCACAAACACAGAAUAAACGAUACAGAAAAUCUACACACUAAGGCACUUUAUAUGAAAAGCCUCAAUUGUAUCCGAAACAGGUUCUACGAUUUUUGUAUAUUUUGUUUGUUCUUCUGUAUUUUUUUUUCUUCUUGAAAUCCCAAAGAAAUGCCGAAUAUGUUUCAUGUAAUGGUCUCCAUACUUAAUUACUAUAUUCCAAAGUAAUAUUUGCAAGAUCUCCUCCAUAUUUAGAAUACUCCAUUUACAAAGCGGUAAUUAAAUAAACCAGUUUCAUUCAAAUAAUCUUUAAUUAUUUAUAUCUCUACAGAAAUCUCACAACAAGGUCUACUGACAGUUGAUAAGUAGUUUAGUAAAUAACGUUUUAAAAAUCGAACAAACUGACAGGGAAAAGGCUCCUGAAAAAUGUUCAUGAAAAAUCAAAAAAAAUUUUGAUUUAGUUAUAAAAUGAAGAACAGUUCAUUUUAUGCAAAUUUGUACUAAUGCUUAAUUUUCCGCAACAUCAUUACUUUUUGACAAACGGGAGCACAAAAAUAAAAAAAAAUAAUCAUGAUUUUAAGUCUAUUUUUUCAGUUUGAAAUAACACAUGAAUUAGGUCGAACCGUCAAGUUUUACAAGUUAUUUUGCAUAAAAAAUAACCUAAAAUCAAGACAAAUUAUCAUGAAAAAUAUAUGAAAUAAUACAGGAAGUAAAAGGUUGAGGAAAACCAUAAUUUCGAUACUAAUAAUGCAAUUUCAUGAAAUUCUACACACUGUAGAUCGCGCUGCCACGUCCUAUCACCCUUGCGAAAUAGUCUGUGGUUAUAAAAAAGAAGGCCCGGGCAAGGACAAACUCUCAACAAUUAUAGGGGUUAGGAAUAUGAUUUUUUGCCGAGAAAUAAAGUGUUUGGACUACAUUCAUUGGUUGAGCACUUAAGCGCUAUAACAUGAGAAUGGGGCUGAAAAAAGAAUCCAAAGCUCUUUGAUAACUUUGUGGGUGAUAUUUAGAGCUGGUUAGAUACAAAAUAAACAAGCGGUAUUGAAAUCGUAGGCCAUAUUUCCCUUUUAGAGCUAGCAAAAUUGUCAAACUACAUUGUGUCAUUCUUGUAUAACAAUUUUCUUGUAACGCCUCCUGAACACCUGCUGGACUCUUCUUCCAGGAACAGAUGAGAUGACUCGGACAAGUCAAAGAGUUUUAAACCACAGAAUAUUUCUGAAAAAAUAUACUUUCACACUGCCCAUGUAUGUAGCUUGACAAUUCUUUUGAAAAAUUAGAGUAAGUUAGGGGUAGUCUAUUUUUUCGUGAGACGUCGGAACAUAUGAGUUAUAUACAUGGCUGGAAAGUUCGUCAUGUCAUUUUUGUGUUCAACAAGCUCAAUAAUGGAGACAAACAAGGGUCAAAAGUGAACAAUCACUAAAAAAAAUUACCAUAGAAAAAAGACGUGUUAUCAAAAAAGAGACAGUGUAUACUUUCCAAUAAUGUGCAACAGUAAAGCAUAUAGAGAUUUAUACAUAUUUAAUUAAUUAUGUGCGGACUUUUUCGAAAACAGCCAAAAAAUGGAAUUUUAAAAGUUGAAGUUGAAAGAAAAACACCCGUAAAACCUUUCUGGGUUAAUUCAAUACCCGUUAAGGACCUAUUAUCCAAAAAUAUACAAAUGUAUGAAAAUUCUUAAUGAAAUAAUGUGAAAAUUCCAAAAAUUUGGAAAACAUAUGAAAAAACUUUUUUAUUUCUUUAAAAUAAACUUUUUUCCAUCAAUUUUGACUUCAAUUUAUUGAAUAAUUUGCCCUACCAGCAACGUGUAAAUCCACGGAAGCUACUCUGCUGAAGUCGGGACAGGAGCUAGAAAUACAGGGCACGUUCGCGACUCAUUAUCUCGAAAACUAUCGUAUUUUUAACAAAAAUUAUAACUAGACUAUUCUUGUAGAGCAUGAACUGAUCUUCAUUACUUACCUGAAUGAAAAUUUUCUAAAUGCUAUCUUUUUUGAGAUAUUGACGAAAAUCUUCGGAAUUUUGCAGCCAUUUUUCCCAAAAUGUUUCAGAAUUUCAAAGUGCUAAUCACACCAAUGCAGUACUACCACAACUAAAGACCUAUCUAGAUGAAGUUAUGUUAAAAUAAGAUCCACAUUUGAGUAAAAAGCAAAUAAGGAAGUUGAGAAAAUAUUUAUAUCCUACUUUGUUUAGAUUGUAAUUAUAUCUGGAGUUUAGAUAGAAAACGAUGCUCAAAAUGUAUGCGUAUUGACUUUAAUAAAAAAUAUAGGGGAAUUCAUUUGAAACAAUGAAGGUUAUCAUAUUUCCAGAAAAUGUAUAUUCCGACAUAAUAAAUUUCUUUACUUUCUUACUUCUUAGAGCCUUUUUUAUGUUUUUGUUGCUAAAUUUCUAUUUCGGUCUCUCAUAAUAUUUCGAUAGCAAUAUAAUAUCGCCCAAAAUGCAAACAAAAAAUUAUGAAAAUCGUGCAAACUGUUUUCUUUACAUAUAAAACAGUACCUAUUCAUCGACAUAUAUAUAAAAAUAUUGAUUUUUCAACAAAGUGAUAUGAAUCCAAUAAUACUAUAAUUCGUACUAAAUCACUACACCAACACUCACAAUUACACCGUGUAUAUAACCAAGUAAUUGUCUUCAGACUUUUUUCCAAACGCAAAAUGAAAAACUAGAAAAAUUUACUCAAUCUAAAACCAAAUUCGGUAAAGAGUAGUAUAUAUGAAAUUAACUGUAGUGAUUGAUACGGAAGGUAUAUUCCGUUGUUGCCCGGUUUAAAGAUCACAUAGCUCAUUUAAAAUAUGGACGGACCGAAAAAUUAGACAAAUAUUAAUAAUGUAAAAUUGUUAUAAAAUAUAUCCAAUAAUAAAUUGUUGGAUGUAUUUGAAAGCAUCGAAAUUGCUAAAUGUAAGUGUAGCUUAAAUAGGGAUGAAGGGCCAAUUCCUUACAGCUCACUCUAUAGUUUAGUAAUAAAAAAAAAAAUUUUCGCCAAGGAGGUAUUUCCGCUAGAAUUAAAUUUCGAGGGAGAAGGUUUUUUGGUGGGAGCAUUAAGUAUAAAACAGGGAAGUCAAGUCAUUAGGUUUUAGUUUAACUUCAGUCUCUGAAGAUGAUAAUUUGGUUUUCGAAACGCGCGUCAGACAGUGUAAUUGUAAGUGGUUUUGUAAACAGUAAACAUCAACGGUUCCAGAAAUUCCAAAUUACUAUACUUUGUAGAUAAACAUCGUUUUAAGCAUAAACGCUAUGUAUUAAAUAAAAUUUCAGUUUUGUUACAAAGUGAUUAAUUAUAACUGUAUAUUUGUAAAUAAAGGUGAGAAAAAUGA